UUUUAUUUUCACAAACUUUGCUUCUCAAAGCAAAAACCUAUUCUAUUAAGAGCCCACCAAAACUUUCUCUCAUUUCCAAAGAGCUUCCUUUAAAAAGAGCCUCAAAAAGCAGAAGAAGCUGGUGGUGGUGGGUUGAACUUGAAGAUUUUGACAUCGUACACAACAUGGGAAGACACUCUUGCUGCUACAAGCAGAAGCUACGCAAAGGUCUCUGGUCUCCAGAGGAAGAUGAAAAGCUCUUGAAUCACAUCACCAAACAUGGCCAUGGAUGCUGGAGCUCCGUCCCAAAACUAGCUGGUUUGCAGAGGUGUGGGAAGAGCUGCAGGUUGAGGUGGAUAAAUUACCUGAGGCCUGAUUUGAAGAGAGGAGCAUUCUCACAACAGGAAGAGAAUUUGAUCAUUGAACUCCAUGCCGUCCUUGGCAACAGGUGGGCUCAGAUUGCAGCACAGUUACCAGGAAGAACUGACAAUGAGAUUAAAAAUCUGUGGAAUUCAUGCCUUAAGAAGAGGCUCAGGCAAAGAGGCAUUGACCCAAGCACCCACAAGCCUCUCUCUGAGGUUGAGAAUGAUAACAAGGACAACAAGCCAUUCACAGCCAACAAAAGCAACCAGAAAGCAUCCAAUGAAGUGAUGAGUUUUGUUGAGCCACCAGAACCCAAGAUCAACAACAGUAGUAGCAGGUUGAGCAGCACCCCAAACACCACCCAGGAAUUGUUCCUAGAUAGUUGCAGAACAUCUGACAUGGCAGGGUGCUUUUCUUUCCAAAACUUGAACUAUGGACAGAACAUGGGGCUCACUGCAAAUCCCAGUUCAUCUUUUUGCUUCACACCAACCUCAGACCUCAAUUCUACCAUAAACUCCACCAUGCUCCAUUCUGUUUCAAGUUCUAUUUUCCCAACAACAUAUGCAAAGCCCACUACUCUUAGUUUCCAAUCCAGUAACAACCCUUCUUCCAUAUCCAGUGAUGGGGUUCACAACUGGGAAACCAGUAACAGCUUCAGCAACAGUAACAACACAAACAAAAGCAAUGGGAGCAGCAUUAGCAGCACAAAUUUCCUUGACAACAGCAAUCUAAUUUGGGGGCUGGCAGAGUCAUCUAUGAAGGUUGGUAAAGAUGCUCAUGCUCAUUUACCUCUACAAGCAGAAGAACAAGAAGAGAUGAAAUGGUGUGAGUAUCUUAACAACCCAUUUCUUAUGGGAAACACAGUGCAGAAUAAUCAAGCCUCUCAAUCUAUUUACAGCACUGAGGCUAAACCAGAAACAGGAUUCAUGACAGAUGAGUCAUGUGCUAGUUGGAACCAGCACCCAUCACCAGCUUUUCAAAGUUCAGAUAUAUAUACAAAGGAUCUGCAGAGAUUUUCUGUGGCUUUUGGACAAACCCUGUAGCCUGAAUGAAUGUGGGAACUUCAAUUUGAAGAAAGAGACAAAGAUGCUGACUUUCCCAUAUGAACUGGGUCAGAACAGAAAUCUCUAUUGAGUUCUGACCACAGGUGAUGUGUGCUGUAAUUUUUCUUUUAACUAUUUCUUCCUAUAUUGUAUUAUUUGUAUAUGUGUAUGAUUAAAAAAGAAAAAAGAAAAUCACUUUUAGCAUUCUGUUACAAUAUAAUACUUGAGAUUGAUUCCA